AUGGUAUCUUUCCACGUCUCCGUGCUGUGCCUGCUGUCGGCUGUGCAGCUGCACCUGGUGGCGUCACGGGGGCUGCGGAUGAGGUCGCGGAUUCACGACCGCAUCAUCGGAGGCUCCGAAGCCAGCAUCGAGGACUUCCCCUGGACAUUGGCCCUGCUGUAUACCGAUUCCCACCAGUGCGGAGCCGCCAUAAUCGGCAACCAGUGGGCCCUGACUGCUGCGCAUUGCAUCGGCCGGAGAAGUUCGCUGUACACUUUGCGCGCUGGGUCCUCCAACCGUGAUAGCGGCGGCACCUUGAUGGACGUGGUCGAGUUUUACGAACACGAGCUGCACGACAGCAAUUCUGGUGACUACGACAUGGCGCUCAUGCUGACUGCCGCUUCGUUCCCACUUGGCAACAACGUAUCAAUCGUGAACCUUCCAGAGGCUGGAUACAACCCGCCAGUCGGCCUGGCAGUCACAGUGAGCGGCUGGGGAUACAAGGAGACCGACUACCCCCUCAUCCUGCACAAAGUGGGCAUCAGAGUCAGCAACCGCUCCGAUGCGCUGGUGAGCGGCAGCACGCAGGUGGGCAUCGUGUCGGGGGGCUGCGGCGACUGCGAGUUUGGGGGCUCCGUCUACGUCAACGUGGUCAACUUGCGAUCCUGGAUAACCAGGGAUGUGAGACCAGCUAUGUCACGCAUCCACGUGGCCGCACUGUGCCUGCUGCUGGCAAUGCAGCUGCAGUUGGUGGCCCCAUGGGCGCUGCGGCUGCGAACGAGUAUCCAAGGCCGUAUCAUAAGCGGCUCUGACGCCAGCAUCGAGGACUUUCCGUGGCAGCUGUACCUGACGUACGCCGCCAGCCUGGCGUGCGGCGCCUCCAUAAUCGGUCCCCAGUGGGCGCUGACCGCCGCCCACUGCGUUCCCUUCUCAGAGUACGUCCUGUACCACCUGCGUGCUGGCUCUUCCAGUCGCGACAGCGGCGGCACUGUGCUGGACAUGGCCGUGGCCUACCAACACGAACAGUACGACAGCACUUCUGGUGACUACGACAUCGCAGUUGUACGGCCGGAUGGUUCGUUCCCACUGGGCACCAACGUGGCAGUCGUGAACCUGCCAGAGGACGGUUACGACCCUCCAGUCGGGCUCGCAGUCACAGUCACCGGCUGGGGAAUGACAGAGACGACGAGCCAACCCAGCACCCUGCAGAAGAUGGACGUCAGCGUCAUGGAGCGCUCCGCGUGUUACUACCCGGACAUCGGUCGCGAAGUGACCCCGCGCGUGUUGUGCGCUGGAGGGAUUGACAAGAGCCCGUGCUUUGGGGAUUCCGGCGGUCCUCUGGUGAGCGGCAGAACGCAGGUGGGCAUCGUAUCGUGGGGGAGUGACAACUGCAAUUAUGAGGACGGCGUCUACGUGAACGUGGGAAACUUACGUUCGUGGGUAACCAACGUUACCAACAUCUGA